AUGGAAAAAUCUAAAAAUUUCCGGAUCGACGCUCUGCUGGCGGUCGACCCGCCGAAAGCGGCGGCGGCGGCGGCGGCGCAGACCUCGCCGCUGGCGCUGGUCACCUCCCUGUCGGCGGCCGCCGCCAAUGCUGCCGGUGGGGGUGGCGGUGGCAGCCCGCAGCCGUCGGAGCGGGUCCCCGGGGGGCCGGACUGCCCCCGCCCCGACAGCCCGUCCCCGCCGCGGAUCGUCGCGGCGCACUGCGGGCUGGUGCCCAAGCAGGGCUUCCCUCCCGCGCCCAGCCACCAUCCGCACCAUCACCCGGGCAACGCUGCAGCCGCCGCCGCUGCAGCCGCUGCAGCCGCCGCCGCGGCCGCGGCGGGAGGGAUGAUCCUGGGGCUGCACCCGAGCCAGGGCGGCGGGGGCCUCCCCGCCCAGGCGGCCCUGUACGGGCCCCCCAUGUACAGCUACUCGGCGGCGGCCGCCCUGGCCGGCCAGCACCCGGCCCUGUCUUACUCCUACUCCCAAGUGCAGGGAGCCCACCCCGCUCACCCCGCCGACCCCAUCAAGCUGGGCGCCGGCACCUUCCAGCUGGACCAGUGGCUCAGGGCGUCCACCGCGGGCAUGAUCCUGCCCAAAAUGCCCGACUUCAACUCCCAGGCGCAGUCCAACCUGCUGGGGAAAUGCCGGCGGCCCCGCACCGCCUUCACCAGCCAGCAGCUGCUGGAGCUCGAACACCAGUUCAAACUCAACAAAUACCUGUCCCGGCCCAAGCGCUUCGAAGUAGCGACUUCGCUCAUGCUCACCGAGACCCAGGUGAAAAUCUGGUUCCAGAAUCGUCGGAUGAAAUGGAAGCGGAGCAAAAAGGCCAAGGAGCAGGCGGCGCAGGAAGCCGAGAAGCAAAAGAGCGGGGGGAAAGGCGGCGGCGGCGCGGGGGAGGAGAAGGAGGACCUCCAGGAGGAGGAGGAGGAAGAGGAGGAAAUGCUGCUGCCUCCCGAGAAGAGCGGCAGCCGACGCUUGCGGGACUUGAGGGACAGUGACAGGGAGGAAGAAGAGGACGACGACGAGGAGGACGAGGAAGGGCAUUUCUCCUACAACAACAACAGCAAUGCUCAUUCAUCCGACUGCUCCUCGGAGGAAGAGACGCCCCACACGAGAGCGGGAGGCCCCGGGGGUCCCGGGCACCAGCCCCCUCCUCAGUGA